GAGUUCAGACUCAGUCUCUUUUAGUAAAUUAAACAAAUCGGUGCAAUCUACUUCUGCUAAAAAUGCGAAACGAGUUUUGUAUCGGUGUUUUUGCUUUUCCAAAGUCGAUCGUUUUCUGCUGUCUCCUCCUUUUACUGAGCAGUCAGAUAUCAGCGCAAACUGAGAAUGAAUCGUUCGAGAAUGCGUUCGAUCUGGAUGAGACCCAAUCUAUGGAUAAUAAAAAAUCGAACGCCGAAAGUAAUAAGUAUACCGGACAGAUAUCUCCGAUAAGAAAGCAAAGUUUAUCCGGACAAGUGGAUGUGAACGAAGACGAAGGUAAUCACGAUGACAAGGACGAAACGAAGAAAGGGGUAGAAGAAGUUUCGUUCAAUGCCGUUAACAAUUCUGACCAAAAAAAUAAACCUGAGAAUGAAAUCACACUUUCCGAUGGUUUCUCCGAGAAAAUAGCCGGAAGAAGAAAUAGAAAGUAUGCGAGAUACGAUUUAUCGGAAGCAGACAGAUACGCGCCUCAUUCGGAUGGUUCAGUUCUAAAUUAUGUUUUAACGGAGACUAGAUUGAAAGAAAUUCGAUCAAAAUUCAUGUAUUGGUACGUCGACAAGGGUGGUAACAAUGACGAUGGCGAUUAUCAAAGGGAAAUCCAAGCUUCGAUGCCACAAGUACACAAGAAUUUCAAUUUUCAAUUACCAUUCUUCGGGCUCAGAUUCAAUUACACCAGAGUAUCAGUAAAUGGUUAUUUAGAAUUUACCGAUCCUCCGAUGCAUUAUACUUACCCUCUGGUGUUUCCGGUCAGAAAUUGGCCAAAGGAGAACGAUCCUAGUUUUAUAGGAAUAUUUUUCAGUAAAUGUCGCAUAGGAAAAAUUCGACCAACAGACAUAGACCAGAGGAGACCUGGCGUAUACUUUAGAGUGGAAGAAGAUUUGCAAAACAGAACAGAUCAAUUUGGCGUGGAAAUGCGCGAACGUCUCAAAUGGGAUAUUCGCGAAGGAAUGAUUGGAGCCGAAGCCUUCGACCCUAAACACGCGGUCGUAGUAACAUGGAAAAAUGUGUCGUUCGUCGGUGGUAUCGAUAAUUCCCUCUACAAAACGAAUACGUUCCAAAUGGUCUUGGCCACAGACGAAGUGAACACUUACGUGAUAUUUAAUUAUCUGAAUAUUCAAUGGACCAGCCACACGGAAGCUGGCGGUGAUACUGUGAAUGGAGAAGGUGGAAUCUCGGCAUUCGUGGGUUUCAAUGCCGGAAAUGGCACAGGAAGCUACGAAUACGAACCCUACUCACAAACGUGGAUGAUCCGCGAUUUAACCAGAAGAGGAUGUGUGAAUGGUUUUCCAGGACGUCAUAUGUUUAAGAUAGAUGACGACAUAAUGCCUUCGGCAUUCGGUUCGAGGCCACAAAGGUCCUGCAACUUAGGCUAUUAAGUUAAACGAAUUACUAAGUUGGUUGCUAACUGGUAAUCUGAGCGAGCCAACGAACCACUUGGUCAUCGAUAAGCAGUCGUUAAACUCGAAAGACUCACCUUCUCCGAAUUCUCAAAGUCCAGCUUGAACGCCCAAAGUUUCAGCCUGGCAGGCAACUCCGAGAUAGAGGCCAAAGUUAGAAGAAACUGCUCGGCCGAUCCCAAAGGUAGGUCAGGAUUGGCGGCCUGCGCCUCUUGUAUCCUGGACCUCUCCUCCUCAGUUGGCAGCAUCGUUAAGAGUUUCUGUCGCGAAUGGAUCCGAGGACAAAGGAUAGGAAACGAACGAAGAAGAAAAAUGAACAGGAAAUUAGAGAAAUUAGAAAAA